AACAUUAGAAUCUGUUUACAAGCUUCCAAAUUGAUAUCUAGCUAUAGCAGAAAAGGAGAGAAAAACCAACAACUGAUUAUCUUUCUUUCAUUUCUUAGUGAUUACUCAGUUGCCUCUCCUUUGUCAAAAACAUGGAAGAAGCCCAUUCAGUGAGUAGUCCAAGACGAGUUUUAAGCUUCUCGAAGAGAAAGAAGCAAAAACCUGGUUUCCAGGAUACAGACAGUAGAAGGUCAUCUCCAUUUAGAGCAUCAGAAGUGCAUGGACCCAAACCCUCAGAGGUUUACGGUUUUGUAGGGUCGAUAUCGACUGUUGUUGCCACAGUGAUCUUCUUGAUUUGGGCAUAUGUACCAGAUAAGUUGUUGGAGUCUAUAGGAAUCCAUUACUACCCAAGCAGGUAUUGGGUGUUAGCUAUGCCGACGUAUUUGAUGGUGACCUUGAUGUUAGCUUUGGCUUUUUACAUUGGUCUCAACUUCAUCGCCACUCCACCCCCAACCUCUCUCAAUACCUUGUUUGAUGAGUACAGUAGAGAACCUGGGGAAUUUGAUGCUGGGAUGGAGGAAGGUGAAGACAGGCCUAUAGAUCCAAUCUCUGACAUUGAUAUUACAAGAAUCAAUGAUCUUAUGUUCAAUUCAACUGAUGCCAAGUGAUAAAAUUUUCAAAUUCUCUAGAGGUAAUAACCAUAUUGACUAAGCCAUUACUCUCAUUAGUAAAUGGAUUCAGCUUUU